AUUACAAGGGAUUAUCUCUGGGAACAAUUAGAAGAAUUCAGGAGAGAUUUGAGACAAGGCAAAGUUCACGAAAUGGCAUCGGACUUCAAACAACAUUUAAACGAAAUGCAAAAUCUUCCCCUUAAUAUUGCAGUAACUGGAGAGGCAGGUGUUGGUAAAUCCUCCUUUGUCAAUGCCAUCCGGAGUGUAAUGGAUGAUGAUGAAGAGGCAGCCGAGGUGGGGAUAAGAGAACAAACCACACAGCCAAAGGCAUAUCCCCACCCUUCUAUUCCCAAUAUCCAAAUAUGGGACCUUCCAGGGAUCGGAACACCUAGGUUUAAAGCAGCAGAAUAUGUGCAGAAAGUCCAAUUUGAAAGAUACGGUGCCUUUAUUAUGGUUACAUCUCAUCACUUUACUGCAAAUGAUGAUUUCCUGAUAAAGGAAAUACAAAGAACGAGGAAGAAGUUUUACUGUGUGUAUACAAAAAUAGAUGCCAAAACCCACAGUGAAAAGAUGAAAAUGAAUUUCAAUAUGGAGAAAACCCUGGCAAUUAUAAGGAAACGUUGUGAAGAUCAUUUGAGAAGGGCAAGUGGACUUUACACACGAGUAUUUCUCAUCUCCAGCUGGAAGACAGACAAGUAUGAUUUCCCUCUCCUGAGAGAGACAAUGGCUGCUGAACUCCCUUACUACAAGAAGCAUAUUUCAACAAAGGCUGCGCAGCUCUUCUCAGAAGGUGAACUGAGGAUGAAAAAAGAUGAAAUAAUAUCAUAUAUAAAAAAGGUGGCAUUGCUGUCUUGUGCUUGUGGAGUGAUGCCUGUUCCAGGUCUCUCUAUGCUUUGUGAUAUUCCAAUAUUGCUGGAUGCUCUGAAAUGUAUUUGCAAUGCAUUUGGUCUAGAUGAACAUUCACUUUAUGUUUUGGCAAUUCACACCGGAAAAGAAUUGGAAGAGUUGAAGUCGGCUAUCAAGAAAACCCCAUUAGCCAACACAAUAAACUUAGAAUUGUUAUUUUUUCGAUUGAAGAAUUCAUCUCUCUGGGUAAAUGUGUCAAUUGUGGAAGUGGCUCUUAAUUUUAUGCCUCUCAUUGGGUCUGUGUUUGGUGGAAUGAGUUCAUUUGCUGUCACAUAUCACUUUCUGAACACGUUUCUUGAUGGUGUUAUGGAAGACGCCCGAAAUCUUCAAACAAUGUUUCUUGAGUGAU